UAACAGUAAAUAACUGCUCUCUACUCCUUCAGUUAAGUAACAGUAAAUAACUGCUCUCUAUCUCCUUCAGUCAAGUGAUGAGGAACAGAUUUUUUCCAUCUUAAGUGACAAGGAUGUGACAUAAGAAUCUAUUGCAUCUCCAGCAACGUGAGGAAGAAAUAUUUAACACUGUCAUCCACCGUCUUCAACAAUGUCACAAAAUUCUUCAGGAAAACCAAGCAUGAGACGCAAGCGCAGUGUGUGGCGGCAUCUGGUGCUGUUGCUGUGGAAGAACUUGGUGUUAAGACAGAGACACUGGCUCCUCACCUUCUUUGAGCUCUUCCUCCCCACUGCUCUCUUCUCUGUCAUCCUGUUCAUCAGACUCAUCCCAAAUUCUGAUUUUGUACCUGAGUACAUCAACACGACGACCGUAUUCAGAUCACAUAAUGAAAUGAAGCUGAGGGAGUACGUCUGUGAGAAUUACGGCAUCUGGCUACAGGGAUACUGCUAUGUUCCUGAGAACCAGAGAGGAAAUUUGCAGCUCUACUAUGGACCAUCUGGAGACUCUGGUGGCUUCCCUGAGAAAGUAGCUAAACAUGUCGCCAGUAAUCUUCACAUACCUUCUUGGGCUCUCACUCCCGUUGUGAAUAACGAGGAGAUGGAUUCUCUGGUUGAACAGUCCUACUACACUGCCAAUAGCUCUGUCCCAGCCUUCUUCGUCGGCCUAUAUUUCCACGACCUGACUGAACCAGUGAAAGCACCUACCAACCUUAAAUACGACCUUCGGGUAACGGGCUCUUGGAUGACAUCAUAUCGCUAUCCUUUCCUCCAGUCGGCCGGGCCAGCUAAUUCUUCGAAUAAGUACAUCAACCACGGGUUUACCCUCAUACAGAGCAUAGUGGAUCGCUUUUAUAUUUCCGAGGUCACCGGCAAUGACGCUUAUCUCAAUUACAAGGUGGAGGUUGAGAAAUACCCGUAUCCGGAAUAUUACGACGACUUCGGCGCGAGUCAACUCUAUGGAACUUUCCUGCCCAACUACGUGGUGCUGUCAUUUGUGUUGUUGUCGCCGGCCCUCAUCAAGAGCGUCGUUCAUGAGAAGGAGACAGGUGUAAGGGAACUGAUGCGCCUGAUGGGAAUGAACCGGUGGUUGUUGUGGCUUGGAUGGUUCUUUCACGCCCUCGUGGUGGUGUUGGUGAUGGUCACUAUCAUCACGGUCAUGAUAACUGUUGGUCUACAAAGCAGAGGCGCUUACGUUCCCCCCAUCCUCAAUUACAGCGAUUCUUUCUUCGUCUGGAUCCUCCUAGUUCUCUAUGGGAUCUCCUCCAUCACCUUCUGUCUCGCAAUCUCAACGUUAUUUAGUAGACCCACACUGGCCACAACCAUGGGUAUCCUCAUCUGGCUCUUCUCCUACUACAUCCCCAACACCUUCGUGUUCUUCAAGUACGACAAUCUGGGACUCGCCCCCAAGAUUCUCGCCUGUUUCAUCCCCAACAUGGCCAUGACGCUAGCGUUCAGGGUCAUGCAGAUGUUCGAGGGAAGAGCGUUGGGCAUUCACUGGAACCAUUUAUGGGACACAGGCAACCCAAGAGACGAGUUGACACCAGCAAUGAUCCUUUUAAUGUUAAUACUUGAUAGUUUUAUAUACUGCGUCCUUAUCUGGUACAUCGACCAAGUCAGCCCAGGAAAGUAUGGUGUGGCUUUGCCAUGGUACUUUCCAUUCCAGGUUAGUUCUCAACUGUUGCUUUUAUCUCAAUUGCACGAGACUGGAGUAGUGUGGCACGAGUUAAUAAUACAAAUCAGGACAUCAUGGAGUAAAUUAAGAAUUGUACAACCAAAAUCUAAUUGUUCAAAAAGAACAAAGAUACCAGAACAAAGAGACCAGAACAAAGACACCAGAUCAAAGAGACCAGAACAAAGACACCAGAUCAAAGAGACCAGAACAAAGAGACCAGAACAAAGAGACCAGUACAAAUAUACCAGUAUCGUAAAAUACAGAAGCACAUUUAGAUUGAUGCAGCUUAAUAGAUGCGUUAUUAAAUUAUCAGCAGUGAAGAGUUAG